AUGGCACACUGCCCCAAAAAUGAAUACUUUGAUAAUUUGCUGCUCUCUUGUAAGCCUUGUGAACUUCGAUGUUCUAGUACUCCACCACCUUCAUGUGAAAACUACUGUGAUAAGAGUACUGAUUCAAGUGGAGUUCUUUGGAUUUGUUUGGGCUUAGGAGUAAUUUUAAUGCUCACUUUGUUCACCUUCAUGUUCUUGUUUAAAUGGAAGCACCUAAAGCAACUAAAAGAAAAACUGAAAAACACAGACUCUUCUGUGGAGCUGAAUAAUAUUCUCAAGGCUAAUACUGAAAGCAGUGUGAAUACAGAAGGAAUUAGACACUCACUUCAAAGUGAAACAUUAAUGUAUGCAGUGGAAGAAUGCACUUGCAGUGACUGUGGCUUGGUAAAACCUCAGACUGGCUGUGAAACUUCAUUUCCAUUACCAGCUACAGAAGAAGGGGCUACUGCUCUAGUUACCACAAAAUCUUUUGAUUAUUGCAACUAUAUUCUGGGUGCUGGGUGA